UCAAACAACAUAACCGUUUCUUGAACACAUACUCCCCUAGCCUUUCAUUUUUCCCUCUUUCCUUCCGCCGUGGUAAUUGAUUCAUUCACCGCCGUCAUGAACUCCAUACGCCGAGCAAUCACCGUGGAACGUAACCGUCUCCUAAAACUCUCACUUCCAUCAAUCAUGACUCACCAAAAACACAACGCUUCAUCAUACACAUACACUUCUAAAAACAUGUUAAGAAAUAAGUCAUCACCAAAACCUAAAUCCCCAAAUUCAAACGACACCGUUUUGAAGAAACAAGUGACGUGGGCAAAACCUAGUGAGAUACCGUGGCAAGCGAAAGUAGUUAAUUCGGUUAAUUUAAUUGGGAGGGUAAAAAUUCCUGUACAGUUUGAAGCUUCAGCUGACGGUAAAAAAUGGGCUGGUACUAUUAUUUCUCAAGAUGAUCAUCAACCUUCUUCUUCUUCUUCUAUGCCUUCUUUUUGGAUUCCAGUUAUAUUUGAAGGUGACCUGGCACAUAUUGCAAUGUCCCACUUGAAGGAAAAGGAUUUUGUGCAUGUAGUUGGUCAUUUAAGUGUGGAUGUUCCACCAUUUAAAUUAAGUGAAGCUCAAGCUAAUGUCCAGGUAAUGGCUCAUAGCGUAAAUUAUGUUCAAGAACCUCAAUCAAAGCAAGCAUCUACUCCAGCCGUUGUGGAGAAUAAUGUUUCUACUGAACAAUCACUGAAGGAACUUGACACCAUGUCUAUACAGCCAGACACAUCAGAGAAAAGAAUGAUGGAUGUAGCAUCUGAAGAAGAGAGUUAUGUACAGUUACUCAAUGAUGCUGAAUCUUACCCGUUUUUUACACCAAAGGAAACAAAGCUUAAUCAUGAAGUUGAUAAGAAGAAAAGCCAUGGCUGGUGGAAGGAUCUUGUAAUGAAUACCAAACAAUGGUUGGAUAAUCGUGAAAAAAAACAAAAGGGCGAGGUUAAACCUAAUUACCCAGACUUCAAACACAAAAAUACUGGUGCGGGACUGUGGCUUGACAAUGCACCGGCGGAAAUUUUACAAGACCUAGAACAGUUAUUUGGUGCUCUUCCUAGAAAGGCCACAAGUGUUGAUAACAGGCCUAAAAAGCAAUUUGAGAAUUCUUCGGAUGCUGAUUCUUGGAAAGAUUUGCUGGAAAAUCCUUCUAGAUGGUGGGAUAAUAGAUUGGAUAAGAGAAAUAUAAAAGGACCAGACUUUAAGAACAAGGAGUCUGGUAAAGCACUAUGGUUAACAAGUGCACCCGAGUGGGUAUCAUCCAGCUUGCCACCUUUGAAAGCUAAAAGAGUUGAUCUGGAUACGCCAAAAAACACAUGGGCGUCAUAGUAAUAUCAGCAGAGAUAUCUUUUGAGCUCAAAUCUGAUGCAAGAACUCUCUCCCAAGAUAACUGGCUUUUAAGUACAUCAGAGGAAUAGUUUUCCUACCUCUAUAUUUCUAGACCGAGGGUUCUUUUUAAUGAGCUUUUAAAGAUCCUAAAUUUGUCAUUUUGCAUGUUUGCGCAUCUUCUUUGCAGCAUUUUUUAUUUCAUUGUCAACAAAAUGUCAUCACCUUUUCCUGGGCUUGUUUUC